GAAGGACAGAGCCGCCUGUGCUGGUGCCUCUGAGAGCGGCGACCUCAGCGGGGGCAGCAUGCUGGGCCCUGCGCUCCUGCUCUUGGUCUUGCUGCCUCGGGCCUGCCUCUCGCCCAGCGGGCCGCCCGCGCCCCCGUUCCCUGCGGCGCCCGGGCCCUGGCUGCGCAGACCCUUGUUCAGUCUGGAGCUGUCGGACGCCGAGGACGCCUUCCCGCGCCGCGCGGGGCCGCUCGAGGUCCCCGCCGACAGCCGCGUGUUCGUGCAGGCGGCCCUGGCCCGUCCCUCCCCGCGCUGGAACCUGGCCCUGCACCGCUGCUCGGUGACGCCGUCCUCGCGCCCGGCCCUGGGGCCCGCCCUGGUGCUGCUGCGCGCAGGCUGCCCCGCCGACGCCUCGGUAGCCUUCCCGCCGCCGCCGCCCCCCGGCGCCACAAGCCCCGUACGCUUCAGCUUCCGCCUGCGCCCGGUCUUCAACGCCUCGGUGCAGUUCCUGCACUGCCAGCUGAGCCGCUGUCGCCGCCUCCGGGGAGUCCGCCCGGCGCCUGCACCUCUGACGCAGCCGCCGCCGCCGCCACCGCCAUCGCGGUGUCUGCCUCAGGAUGCGGCGUGCGCGGGCGCCGGCGAGAACCUCGGCGCCGACAGCCCCCACCUGCACACGCUCACACAGCCCAUCGUGGUCACGGUGCCGCGGCCGCCCCCCAGGCCGCCCAAGAGCAUCCCGGGCAGGGCCGUGCGCCCGGAGCCGCCCGCGUCCGCCCCCGCAGCCCUAGAGCCCGCGCCGGUGGUGGCGCUGGUGCUGGCGGCCUUCGUGCUGGGCGCCGCGCUGGCCGCUGGCCUUGGCCUAGUGUGCGCGCACUCAGCGCCGCCGCCCGCAGGCCCGCCCGCAAGAGCCUUGCCCAGCGCGCCCCAAGCCCGGAGACCCCAGUGAGGCAGGCGCGGCGCGCUCCCAGCGGGGUCCGGAGAGCCACCCGGGAUACGAACCGGCAGUCCGAGACCCCGGACCCGAGGGGACCGCGACUUCGGCGCUUCUCCCCCGCCCCCCGCCCGCCCGAGCUCAAAGUAAACCUGUGCACUGACCGGCUGAGUUCUGGAGAAGUCAG